AUGUAUGAAAAUCGUCGAUUUAUUCCACAGGAAGCCCUCCAUGCAAAGUCCUCACAGAUCGAGUUCCAGUCCAAAGUGUUGACACAGAACCUCCAGCAAGCAGAGGAGAAGUUGACACAGCGCUUCCAGCAAGCAGAGGAGAAGUUGACACAUCGCCUCCAGCAAGCGGAAGAGAAGUUGACACAGCGCCUCCAGCAAGAGGAGAAGUUGACACAGCGCCUCCAGCAAGAGGAGAAGUUGACACAGGCCCUGCAGCAAGCGAAUGAAAAGUUGACACAGCACCUGGAGCAAGUAGAGGAGAAAGUGACAAAGCGCAUCCAACAACAUGAGGAAAAGGUGUCUGGUCUGAACAAACAAGUUGAACUGUUAAAGCGGCAACUAGAAAAUGUAACCUACAUGCCAUCUGAGAGUAAAAGUAGUGAUUUAAAAGACGUCAUGGACAAAUUUAAACUGCAUGGCAGACACGAGAUGUUGACACCAAACAGACGACAAUCUCGAAGUGCUGAUCCAGACGAAGUUGCAUUCACAGCAGAUUUAAGCCACGAGUUAACCAACGUUCCAAUUCAUACUACCCUCAUAUUCGACGAUCUUUACAGUUGGACGGAUGAUUCUUAUGAUGCUUCUACUGGUGUUUUCACUUGCCCCACUUCUGGCCUCUAUCUCUUUGCCGUCUUCAUCGAGCCACACUUGACGGAUGUUGAAUCCAUGGUUUCUUUAAAAAUGGAUGGAAAGUCGUACAUGUUUGUCAUUUCUGAAAUUCGUUACGACGGAGAGGAUGACGUGGGUGGAAAU